AUGGCCAAAGCCUAUUGCACCGGUGGACGAACGAAGAAGCAGCAGAAGAGGCGCCGCAAUGGCAAAAAACACGCAACAAUCGACGCUUCAGACGCCGUCGCGCAGCAGAUUCGGUCUGUAAAGGCCCAAGUCAACGCCGUUUUCUCGCUGACGACAUCCUCGAACCCCAAUCCGAAGAACUUGGGGCCAUUUAGUGACCGUCAGCAGAUUCUGGUGGUCGGCGACGGAGACUUUUCCUUCUCGUUGGCCCUCGCGGUCUUUCUGGGAGGUAGCAAAUUAAUCGCCACUUGCUACGAUUCGAGAGAGGAGCUCAAGGAGAAGUACCCGAGCGCCUUAUCCAAUUGUGACGCUCUCGAGACUGCUGGGGCCCACGUACACUUCAGUGUAGACGCCACACGGUUAGACAAGCAGAGCUGGCUUCGUGCCGCUGCGCCGUUCCACUCGAUCGUCUUUAAUUUCCCGCAUUUGGGUGGCGCGACGGAAGCAGAUGUAGCCAAAAACCAGACAUUGCUGCGGACGUUCUUCUACUCGACGCGGGAGUACGUGCAUCCGACGCGUGGCCAAGUGUUAGUGUCACUGCGUGAUACACUGUUUUACAAUCGCUGGAACAUCCAAGAGCAGGCCGCGGCUAGUGGUUUCAAACUGAAAAGGAUGGAGCCGUUCAAUGCAAGCAUUUACUCAGGCUAUGAGCCGCAGCGAACGCACCCGGCAUCCUUCCGAGGCGAGCCACCGUCGACAACAGGAGCACGCUACUACAUCUUUGCGCUGGACGGAAGCAUCCAAGUGGUUGACCCACGCCAACAAUUGCCCCGGACUUUGGACGGUGCCAGACGUACACGCGAUGAAAGGGAGGCAGUGGACAAGAAAACUGCUGUCCUACCGAAGAAGAUGGUCUGUCAGACGUGCUGUCUCACGUAUCGGGACAUGAAGAGAUACAACGGACACAUGAAUUCCGCAAAGCACGCGAAGAAGGUAAAGGCGCUCAAGACGAAGCACUGA